CUAUUUUCCUUCACAAAAAUAUUGGAGAAAACCCCGUAUGACCAUUACAACCUCUUCUCAAUCUCUGUUCACAAACUUCUCCGGCGGCGCCACCACCUUCUCCGCCACCACCACCACCACCACCAUCACUUCUCGUACAAACACAAAAUCAAACCAGCUUAUGUCCAAAAAGAAACCAACUAAGGCAUAAUUCAUCAUUUCUUGAAACACACGGCACAAUUUCUUGAUUCUCUAAUAUUUUCAUUUUCAACAACUCUGAGUCAUAUUCUAUGUGAUAUAAUAGUCCGCUAUUAAUUGGCCAUGGCGGAUCUUGUUAAAGAGAUUCUGAAAAGACCAAUACAAUUAGCAGACUCGGUUAUAAAAACAGCCGAUGAGGCACAAUCAUCCAAAGACGAGUGUUCAGAGGUCAAAGCGAAAACUGAAAAGCUAGCCACCCUUCUACGACAAGCGGCUCGAGCUAGUAACGACCUUUAUGAACGUCCGACGAGGCGUAUAAUCGACGAUACAGAGCAAGUUCUUGAUAAAGCUCUUAAUCUUGUCAUAAAAUGUCGUGCUUCAGGCCUUAUGAAACAUAUGUUUUUCAUUAACCAAUCAGGAGCGUUCCGUAAAAUAUCAAUGCAGCUUGAGAAUUCGAUAGGAGAUGUUUCCUGGCUUCUACGAGUCUCAGUUUCGGCAGGAAAUCGCGAUGAUGAGUAUCUAGGGUUGCCUCCGAUUGCUGCGAAUGAGCCGAUUCUGUGUCUUAUUUGGGAACAAGUUGCUAUACUUUAUACAGGUUCGUUAGAGGAGAAGGGGGACGCUGCGGCGUCAUUGGUUUCGUUGGCGAGAGAUAAUGAUCGUUACGGGAAGUUGAUUAUAGAGGAAGGCGGAGUUCCUCCGUUGUUGAAGCUUGCGAAAGAAGGGAAAAUGGAAGGUCAAGAAAAUGCCGGUAGAGCAAUCGGGUUAUUAGGGCGUGACCCCGAAAGCGUCGAACAGAUUGUGAAUGCGGGUGUUUGUAGUGUGUUUGCGAAAAUCCUGAAAGAAGGUCAUAUGAAAGUUCAGGUUGUUGUGGCUUGGGCUGUUUCGGAAUUGGCUGCGAAUCAUCCGAAAUGUCAAGACCAUUUCGCUCAGAAUAAUAUUAUUCGGUUUCUUGUCAGUCAUAUUGCUUUCGAAACGGUUCAAGAACAUAGCAAGUAUACCAUAGCUAGCAAACAACAAAUGUCGAUUCAUUCUCUUGUAAUAGCUAGCAGCAAUCCUAACGCAAAUGAACGAAAAGAUCAUGUAGACGAAAGCUCAAAAAUGUCUCAUCCUUUACACACCAAGACUCCGAACCAAAUGAUUAAUGUAGUGACCAACACUAUGGCCAAAAAGAAUCAAAAUUCGGGCGCUAGCACCCAAUCGCAAAGUCCUACAAAACAUCAUCAUCAGGCAAAAGGCCAUCAACAGCACCAUCAUCAGCAACAUCAUCACGUUUUGACGGGAACUAGCAUCAAAGGGCGGGAAUUUGAAGACCCGGUGACAAAAUCAGAGAUGAAGGCAAUGUCAGCAAGAGCACUUUGGCAACUGUGUAGAGGAAAUGUGACUAUAUGUCGUAUCAUAACAGAGUCACGAGCGCUUUUGUGCUUUGCUAUUCUGUUAGAGAAAGGUCCUGAAGAUGUCCGAUCUUAUUCCGCGAUGGCGCUAAUGGAAAUCACAUCAGUAGCUGAGCAAAAUUCUGAUUUACGUCGCUCGGCUUUCAAGCCUACAUCUCCUGCAGCCAAAGCAGUAGUUGAUCAACUUCUUAAAAUAAUCGAAAAGGCUGAUUGCGAUCUUCUUAUACCCUGCAUCAAAGCUACGGGCAACUUAGCGCGAACUUUCCAAGCAACAGAAACAAGAAUCAUCGGUCCAUUAGUAAAGCUACUCGACGAAAGGGAACCCGAAAUCACAAUGGAAACAGCAAUUGCUCUCAACAAAUUUGCAACACCGGAGAAUUUCCUUUGCGUAAAUCAUUCGAAAGCCAUUAUAAACGCAGGAGGAGCUAAACAUUUGAUCCAACUCGUUUACUUCGGUGAACUAAUGGUUCAAAUCCCUUCAUUGAUUCUGGUUUGCUACAUUUCAUUGAAUUGCCCAGAUAGUGAAAUUCUUGCAAAUGAAGAGGUGCUAAUUGUGCUAGAAUGGUCAUCGAAGCAGGCACAUUUGAUCCAAGAACCAACGGUUGAAUCACUCUUACCAGAGGCAAAACAAAGAUUGGAACUCUAUCAAUCAAGAGGUUCAAGAGGUUUCCAUUAACUCUAAUAAUUUUGUACCAACAUUUUAUGACAAGAAAAAAUAUACAUUUUUUUUGUUCAAGUGUAUAUAAAUGUAUUAGUAUACUGAUUUGUUUAGGAGAUUCCGCAAAUACUAAAAUUGUUAGCCAUAUUACUUCUUGUUUUAAAUUUAUAAGACCUUACUGUAGAAAUCCAAGCUAA